CAACACCAUGACGGGAAGUAACACACAACGCAUAUCCACGGUGGCGCUAUAAAUAGGCUCAUUGGAAAAGCCGAAGCGGGGCGGCCUGAAGCUAAAGCCAAACAACGGGUGUACGACUAAACGACUGAAGUUUAACUAUUGAAGGCAAUGGCAGACAUUCACUUACGGAAGUACACAGCGGGAAAAGUUGUUCAUUCCCAUGACAAUCGACAAGUUGUUGAUAUCAUUUUCAAUGAAGAUUUAGUCAAACGAAUUGAAAGUGGUGAAAAACCAGAAGAAAAGGAAACCCUUUUGUGGGUUAACUGGGAUACUGACGCCCAUGCCAAAACUGUCUUCUCCGGUAUUACUCUCUCAACAAAGGAUUCUGAUGAUGGCGCUGACACUAUAGUCAGAUUCACACACAUCUUGAAAUCUUCGAAUGGAACCAUGUCCCAUUUUGUUACGAAUAUGUUGAAGACGUUUCAGGCAAGAGUGGUGUCAGUGACUCUGCGUCCCGUAACUUUCGUCAUGAGACAUCCGAGGCGUGAAGACUUUAAGUCUAUGUUAAAUAAUGGCCCCAAAUUGAGGCGUGUAUUCAGGGAACUUAUGUCGGAACUACAUGCCCCAGGAAAAGUGGAUAUCAAGAUAAAACUACUGACGCAUUCGCCAGAUCCACCUACGCACGAGGAAUGUGAUUCACACAAAUCAUCGUUACAGAGAUUGAGUUCAACCGAGACAGUAACUCAUGAAAUAGCGGAUCCUGGCAAUGAUAUAAUUGAGGACAGAUUCAGCCUCAUUGAUGAAGAAGUUGCAAAGCAAAAACAGUGUUUGGAAGAUAAUAUGCAAAAACACAAGCAGCAAAGUGAAGUUUGCCUGGAAAUCCUCUCCAGAAUUAAACAUCAUCUUGAAUCGCAGGAAAAGGAAGGGCUACUUGUGUCUAUUGACGACGACCGAUGUGAACCACAUAGGGCCACUGAAUCGUUUGCUGGUCACCUAAACCAGUCUACAAUUCCUACAUCAGCAAAGGGUAUAGAGUUAGACAAAGUGAAAUCCCAAACACUAUCUGAAUCAGGUAAACCUGUAUCAGAUACCCCCGGGUCGAAAGUUACAGGUAUUGACCAACCACAGAAUCCGACUGAAGGCAAUGACAUUGAGGUAGAUGCAAUUGAGGAAGAGAGUCCGAUACCUAUUGAACAUAGAACGGUGUCUGCAGGUUCUGAUAUGACAAACAAGGAUAAGGAGAAGCAAAUUAAUAAAAAGACAGAGCAUGCCACAAUUGGUGUGGAGAAGGACAAUAUAAGCGAAGGCAAGGAAACCGAAAACACUACUCCCGGAACAGCUGAGGUGCCAGAAAGUCGGCCUGUGGGAACGCAUAAGACAACAGCUCUGAUUGGAAAUAUAUCGAAAACUUACAGUCCUCUAAAUACUGCUUACGGACAUACCACAUCAGAUGAUGGUGUCUUCAAGAAGCCCAAUACUCCAACAACAAACACAUCAAAUCAACAGACGAAACAGAGUUCACAGAUUAACAAACCAUAUGUCACACAACAGACUUUCCCGAAGAAAGGGGCGAGCUCGAACUCUAAAGACUAUUAUUCUACCUCUUCCAUCUAUCCUCCAGAGAGUGGCAAUGCAUAUGGUAGCAAUGCAGGUACAGGUUAUUACAGCCAAAUCAGUGACGCCAGUGCACCUCAAAUGUAUUAUGUCUGCAGAUACCAAACGGAGUACAGUCCGAAUGACGGGUAUUACGUUACCACCAGAGAGACUGAUUACACUUUAUACAGAGGGGCGGGGGAGGAGAAAUGGACAAAAUUGGUCCGAUAUAGAAAAGAUACCCAAGAGCCAAGUAUCAUGGACGAUCUGCCCUAUAAUUUAGUGCCUGUAUCUGCCCCAAGAUACAGUUAUGCUCUGCCUGGUUCUUCUGAAAGUUAUAGCGACAUUGAAAAGCUUUUGGUCAGGAUGGACAUGGCAGUUUCCAAGGAUGAAACCCCAAAGGGGGAAACAGAAAAGAGUCCAAUCUGCACACUGAACUAUCUGAGAGAAGUUCUGGGUGAUGGGGACUCUGUCUGGGAAAGUGCUGAAAAGGUCCUCAAAGAAGAAACGUGCCCUGUACCGAGAGUACGAUGCGCCAUGGAUACACUUCUUUGUUUGGAUUACUCCAGCACGACGUCACGGGGAUCGUUCCAUCAGUUGAAAACAACGGCUCUCAGCUUCAUCAGUGGUAUUGAAGACAUAGCAGAGGAACUUGGUCUGGAGGAAAAUAUAGCAAUAGUUACCCUCGGAUCCAGAGCUGAAGUUGUCCAUCACUUGUCGAAUGACUAUGAGAGUCUGAGAGACGCAAUAGGACAGAUGAAGUGUGGUGUACUUGCUUCAAGAACCUACCUGGAAGGCAUUCUCGUUUGUCUAGCAGCACUUACUAAAGGUGGAGUGUGCAACUUCGGGGGAGUUCUCCGAGUACCCCCACGACUCAUUGUCGUAACAGAUGGACUUACGCCAGAAAAGAUAAACCAGUGUAGAAGCUCACACGACAAAAGACGAAUUACGCAGGCACUCCAAGAAAUGGGAACCGAAUUUGUGAGGAGCAAUGUGGUGAAUCCCAUCCUGAUCGUACCUCACGGAAACCCCAACGUGGUGGUAACGGAUUACCUAAAGUCUAUGGUGAAGCUCUGCAAAGGAGAGAUUGUGCAUGACAUAAAAAGCGCAUGCAAUCAUCAAAGAAUUCAGAAAUUGUGCGCCCAAAUUAUCCGUUAUGUGAGAAGUCAAUGCGGACUGAAGACGGGCACGGCGGCAAAUAUAGACAUCAUCAUUGACUCCCUGUCUGCAGACUUCACGACGACGGAAAAGAACAAAAUAGCAUCUAUCGUAAGAGACAAGCUGGAUUUGGAGGAAAAGGAUGCAGGAGACGCAACCCUGUUCGACAACAUACACGAGAACACAGGCUGCCACGGUCUUCCACCGCUAGGCACAAGAGUAGCCAGGGGACCUGACUGGAAGUGGGCAAACGAAGACACAGACUGUGCCGGAACUGUCAUUAAUCAUGGACCUGAAUACGGAAUGUUGUGGGUGUUAUGGGACAACACACUGAGUAACACCUACAGGUACGGUUACUACGGCAGCUACGAUGUGUGGCCAGUGGAGGACCAACCCAGAUUGCUGGAUGAAGAUGGGGUCAUUGACAUCGGCGUUCAGGUUGAAAGAGGUCCUGAUUGGCAAGAAAGCUACUCCGGUCAGGAUGGUGGGCCAAGGCAGUAUGGAACUGUCAUUAGAAAGAGAGGUGGUCGCGUUUUGGUAAUUUGGAUGAACGGAGAGAUACAUGAAUAUAGAUUUGGUGAAUAUGGGAAGUAUGAUUUAACAGCUAGAGACCCUCUUGAGUUGAUGCUGGAUUCGAAGCAAAAAACAACAGAUGGUGAGAAGUCGACAGUGAAGCUCGAUAAGCAGUCAUACGAAAGAGACAAACAUGUAUCCGGUAAAGGAUCUUCCUACACAUGGCAGUGGUUGGAUCCUCAAGGUGUUUGGCAGGUCUAUUCACAAGCAAACUGUGACAAACUGUCACAGACAUAUUCCAAGCGUCCAGAUGGGUCAUGCUUGGUGCAAAAGAAUGGAAAGAGCUUCAGAGUUUCGUUCAAAAAUCAAACGGAGAAAUCUAUUGAAGAUCAGAAAAUCACACAAGUAAGGAUGACAUGAUGCAUUGGAAGUCACUGCAACCAGUCCUUCAGGAAAUCGAAGCUUACAUGGGAUAGUAUUUACUGUUAGUGUCAUUGCACAGGAUCAGCGAAGGCACACGGAUUACUGAGUGUGAGGCUAUGCAGUAGGAACAGACAUUAAUUAUGGCUAUGCAGUAGGAACAGACAUUAAUUAUGGAAAACCAUUUAUUAUGAGACAUUUGUCAGUUUCUGCUGGCACAAUAAUUAUAUAACAAGGCAUAAUAUAUGUGUGUGUGUGCGUGGCGUGCGUGUAUGUGUCUGUAUGUGUGCGUGUGUGAAUGCGUGUAUAUCUAUCUAUCUAUGUAUCUAUUUAUCUAUCUAUCUAUCUAUCUACCUACCUAUCUAUCUAUCUAUCUAUGUGUGUGUGCGUGCGUACUUGCGUGUGUGUGUGAUAUACAUGAACAUCAUAUUUGGUCAAAUGUCUGCUGUAGCUUUAUCUGAUAUAUUCGCCAUCCUGUCAACUAUACUUCCCCAUGGUGUACAUACUAUCGCCAUCCUGUCAACUAUACUUCCCCAUGGUGUACAUACUAUCGUCAUCCUACACACGGCUGCCUCCGUGGUUUGGUGGAUGAAGCGUCUGCCCCGAGAGCGGAAGGUCAUGUCACAAGACGAGUCAGUAGACUCAGACAGUGUCUGAGAGGGGGGUGUUGAACUACGGCAUGGCAUCUCUGUUGGCUAGCACCAUACAACUGGCAUAGGUUGCGCCUAGAACACAGAGCUACACACACAUGUGUGCAUGCACCUCGCGAUAUGACUUAAAUAAAACUUGUAAACUAUUGUAUAAAUAAAGUUCAUUUCAGUGCCGUUGAGGUCCUGUCAUAUUAAUUGCUAUUGCGUGUUUCGUUUAUGACGUUUGUACUUCUACCAUAGUUGAUGCUAUUUCGCCCCAUUAUAAAAUUUCACGUUGAAUUAGUGAUUUUGUAUACACAUGAUGAAUGCGAGAGAAUAAAGUUGAUAUUUUUCUCGUU